AUGGUAGUGGUUAUAGACAAGCUUUUUUUGCAUAUGAAAAACAGAGGCAAUAUAAUAGUAAAAAAGAGGAAUAUACCACUAAACAGAUAGGUUGCUCAUUUGUUGUUGAAACUUUGCAAAAUGAUAAAAAUAUUAUAUCAGGCAUAGCAACUAAACCUGCAUAUAAUGAUGAAUAUAAUCAAGAUGAUUCAUUUUUGAGAGCAAUUUUUUGGGCUUAUUGA